CAAGAUACUGAUUUUGUAGGAUCCUGAAAUGAUUUGGGCCAACUCCCAUCUCCAUUACUGCUUUAAAACAGAGUCUGAAAAUGCCUGUGUUUGGAAGAAGCAUUUCUGUGCUGAAUUUCCCUGGCAAAUCCCAUCACUCAGCCUAAGAGAGGAGAAGUUGCUGAACUCGCACAUGCAGGGAAAGACAGUGAAUUACAGAGGUUUGCAGCUUCAUGUGGAGAGAAAAUUGCAGGAUUCAUAAAGCAGUAGCUGGAAGAAGUGUGUACAGAUGCUUCAGAGACCUCUUGUGCAAACAGACAACACCUUAACUCACUGAUUUAGAAGCAGAAUUAACUUUGUUCUUCAGCACUGCUUCUCUUAACUGCUUCACUGCCAUCACAGAUGCUACUGGAACACCUUCUGGGCUGCCUUUUUCGGUAGCAGUGAGUCUAAUAUCUCCCCCCAAACUAAUCACCUUUAGCAGCUCUCACUGGAUUUGCUGCCUGGGCCCUGGUACCAUGUUCAUCUUUUAACUUCCAGUAUCUGACAAUUUUCUGUUUUCUUCAUAUUUCACCCUGGUCAUAGAGGUAGUACCUAACAGACCUGACUGUAUGCACUUGAUUUCACACCUUUGUUUUUCAAUUUAGACACAGUUGACUUUGGAAAGGAUUUAUUACAGUAUGAAAUACCUGAUUCAGCAGAGGUAACAUCACAUGGUGCCAUCCUCAAUAGCAGAAAUUUCCUGAAUUCAUUUUGAAGUUUAUAAAAGACAUCAAGUAUCAGAGUGGUCACUUUUACAUACCAUGAAGCAGUCAAGGUUACUCAUGGAGCUUACAAUAUGUUUACUCUUUAUUUAGUUCAUGCAGAAUUCUCUGUACUUCAGAGGGGAACUUGAUUUUGUACUAGAUGAAUAAAUGUAGACUCUAUAGAUGGUAACACCUAUGUAUUUUUUAAAGUUCCUUUCUGUAUUAGGGAUGUUCACACACCUACCACAGCCUUGCCAGUCUUAUUUCCCUGUCACCUAGGCCUCGUGAGCUAUUACUGUAUAAACAGAUUUUUUUUUUCUUCCUUUCUUCCCUUCCUUUUUUUUUCUUUUCCUGUCUUUUUUUCUGUAACCACCUGACCACUUGUCCUGGAGGUGAAGGCCUGCCCUGUGCUGCCUUUGUUGGGUGUGUGUCACUGUGGAAGCCCCCGGAGCAGACCAGGCUGAGGAGGCAAUCCCCCACCCUCAGCAGGAUGUGCAGCUCCCAUUAGCAGGUCCCUGAGGAGCAGGGCACUUACAGAGCCAGCUCUGGCUGCUCCUGUGUGGGACAGCACAGGCCACGCAGGGCACAGGCUGCUGCAAGCAUUUCUGGGCUCGUGCUGCAAAAUGUCCUCCCUGAGCCUGUCAGAAGCUGGGGGGCUUGAAGGAGAAUAAUUCUGAGGGGAAUGGUUUCAGACUGCUGGGGUUUGAAGUUUGUUAGAGACCUGCUGAGCAGCACUGCCCCAUGUCCUCCUGGAGCUGCUGCCCUGCCAGCGUGAGGAGUGACGGGCCAAGGCCCUGCUGUGAGCCCGGCCCUCAGCCAUGGCAGCCAUGCUCGCUCGCGGGCUCCUCUCCCACCAGCCUCGGCCACGCUGGACCUUGGCCCUGCCUCUGCCUGCUGCUUCUCACCCACCACCUCCUCCAAGUGCCCCAUCAGCCUGUCCUUGCUUGAAGAGCUGCUCUGAACGGGUUCUUCUGUGUGUACAGAGUCUUUAAAGCGCAGCAGUGCGGCAGCAGACAUCCUCCAGGAGAGCAGUGAUGGCAGCAGACCAGAGGCUGCUGUAAGCAGGGUCUGAAGAGCAGGACGAGGAGAAACUUGCAGUCUGAGGAGAACUCCAGUGGUAACAAAGGAGUGACAGCAUGGACUGUGGACUGCUCAUCACUCCUGGCUGCAUCUGCAUCCCUACCCUGGUGCCAGAGGGGGACCCUUCUUCCAGAGAACCCAGGGGGGACCCUGCAAACCUCCUGCCUUCGACUGAGACAGCCAGAGAUGGAACAGGAGCUGUGUUUUAGUGUCUGCCAGAAAGAAAUCCCUGCUGAGCUGCUCCCCUGGCCUUGUGCCCACUCCGUGGUUUCCCGAGGUGCUGCAGGUCCAACCUGCUGGCCACAAGUCCAGGACAUCCUCGUGCUGAGCCAGCUGUGACAGAAGCACCUGGGCUGGAUGAAGCCAGGCUGGGCCCUGCCAGGGAGGACAAGAGAGACACAGAGCUUCACUCCUGCAACAGAAACAUGGGACACCUGGCUCUGCACAAAGGGGAAUUCAAACCUAAAAGCUCUGGAAAACAGGAGGCAUGUUUCUAUUGUGUGAUUACCUCCACUGAAUACCUCCUAUAUAUGAUUGACAAGGUCCGGAGUGGGCAGGAGUGUCUCAAGUUCCCUACAAGUGCUGCUUUGCUGAUAAAUCUCAGCCCUGACCUAUCCUUGGUAGUGCAUCUGGAAAGGUGUUUUCCAGGAUCUCUUCUUGAAUGUCCCGGCUGCUGUCGAAGGCGGGAGGCAACUCAUGACCACCAAACAGUGACAGCCUUGGACUCCCCUGCUUCUGGCUGCUGGCAAUAACCACUGGGCUCCUGUGGAGAUGAAUGGAGAACAGCAGUAUGAUGCAGAUGCUGGUUCCAGUGUGGAAGAAAUGGAAUUCAACUGGGAUGAGUAUCUAGAAGACACAGGAGCAACUGCAGCCCCUCAUGGAUCUUUUAAACAUGUGGAUACAAGUUUGCAGAAUGGUUUUGCCCCUGGCAUGAAGCUGGAAGUCGCUGUCAAGUCUGACCAGAACACCUACUGGGUUGCCACCAUCAUCACCACGUGCGGGCAGCUGCUGCUGCUGCGCUACGAUGGCUACGGCGAGGACCGCAAGGCUGACUUCUGGUGUGACAUCCUGACAGCUGACCUGCACCCCAUCGGCUGGUGUGAGCAGAACAAGAAGAUUCUCAAAGUGCCUGAAGGUAUCAAGGACAAGAUACCUGACCAGGAGGAGUUCCUGCAGCGGGUGCUGAAGGGGGCCUGCAGUGCCCCUGCUAACCUGCUGGAGGGGCUUCACAGAGGGAAAAAUCCGUUGGACCUCAUCGCACCUGGCUCCCGGCUGGAACUGCAAAACAUCCGGGAUUCCCUGGAAGCCUGGAUAGUCAACGUGGUAGAAAAUGUUGGUGGGAGGCUGAAGUUGCGGUAUGAAGGCCUGGAUGAUUUGGACAAAUUUGACCAGUGGCUCUUCUAUUUGGACCCUUUCCUUCACCAAGUGGGUUGGGCAGCUCAGCAUGGAUACAGCCUGCAACCACCUUUAGCCAUUAGGUCCUUGAGGAGUGAAGCAGAUUGGCAAGAGAUCUUGAAGAAGGUGAAAGAGGAGGAGGAGGAGUCAUCUGUUCCUACUGAUCUUUUUAAGGAUAAACCUGUGAUUGGAGUGCACUCGUUCUCUGAAGGCAUGAAGUUGGAAGCUGUGGACUCCAUGGCUCCGUUUGUUAUCUCUCCUGCUACAGUUCUCAAGGUGUACAAUGACAAAUAUUUCCUGAUAGAAAUCGAUGACUUGAGACCCGAGCGUGCGACCAGCCAGCGCUACGUUUGUCACGUCAACAGCGCCGGCAUCUUCCCAGUGCAGUGGAGCCUGAAGAACGGGCUGCACCUCAGUCCCCCCCCAGGUUACCCUGGGCAGGACUUCGACUGGGCCGACUACCUCAAACAGUGCGGUGCUGAGGCGGCUCCCCAGAGCUGCUUCCCUUCGUUAACUUCUGACCAUGGAUUUAAAGAGAACAUGAAACUUGAGGCUGUGAACCCAGUUGAUCCUGAAGAAGUUUGCAUUGCUACAGUCACCAAGUUAAAAGAUUCAUACCUCUGGCUCCAGCUGGAGGGCUCCAAGAAACCUGUCCCUGAGUGUAUAGUGAGUGUGGAAUCAAUGAAUAUAUUUCCAGUGGGUUGGUGUGAGACGAAUGGAUAUCAGCUCAGGCCUCCUCGCAAAGCAAUAGUAAACAAGCAGAAAAAAAUUGCAGUAGUUCAACCAGAGAAACAAAUUUUGUCUUCAAGGACAGUUCAUGAUGGACUAAAGAACCAGGAAUUGAACUCUUCUGACUCAGUGGUAAUUAAUGGCAAGUACUGCUGCCCAAAGAUCUACUUCAACCACCGGUGCUUCUCGGGGCCUUACCUGAACAAAGGCAGGAUUGCAGAGCUUCCCCAGUCCGUGGGACCCGGGAACUGCGUUCUGGUGCUGAAGGAGGUUCUCACUUUACUGAUCAAUGCCGCCUACAAACCCAGCCGUGUCCUGCGAGAGCUGCAGCUGGAUGAAGAGGCUGCGUGGCAUGGCCAUGGAGAGACCCUAAAAGCCAAAUACAAAGGCAAGAGCUACCGUGCGACUGUGGAGGUGGUGAGGACGGCGGAUCGGGUGGCGGAUUUCUGCAGGAAAACAUGCAUCAAGCUGGAAUGUUGUCCAAACCUCUUUGGCCCUCAGAUGGUGCUGGAUAAGUGUUCAGAGAACUGCUCUGUCUUGACAAAGACAAAAUACACACACUAUUAUGGAAAGCGGAAAAACAAGCGGAUAGGUCGGCCCCCAGGUGGCCACAGCAACCUGGAAGUAGCCAUGAAGAAACCAAAUAAAAGAAGGAAGAGACGAAAACAUUUCUUUGUUCAUAAGAAAAAACGUUCUUCUACGUCCGUGGAUAACACUCCAGCUGGAUCUCCCCAGGGCAGUGGGGCAGAAGAGGAGGAUGACCAGGAUGAGGUUGAUGAAGAGUCUCUGACUGAGGACAGCACCUCAGAGCACCAAGAUGAACUGCUUGAAGAAUCAGAGGUGUCAGAGAAGAAAUCCUUGUCGUCAUCUCCCACCCAGAGCGAACUGUCCCAUUCCCUGGCUCAGGACCGAGACAAGCGGAAGAGGAAGCUCAGGACCUUUUCCUUUUCUGACGAUGAAAAUAAACCUCCUUCGCCAAAGGACAUAAAGAUGGAAGUUGCUGAAAAGCUGCAGCUGGACAGUAACCCUCUGGAAUGGAGUGUAGCUGAUGUGGUACGAUUCCUCAAAUCCACCGACUGUGCUCCGCUGGCGAGGAUUUUCCUUGAUCAGGAAAUCGAUGGCCAGGCACUGCUGCUGCUGACCCUGCCCACUGUUCAGGAGUGCAUGGACUUGAAGCUUGGACCAGCUAUUAAACUCUGCCAUCACAUUGAGAGGGUCAAACUUGCCUUCUACCAGCAGUUUGCAAACUGAGGAGCAGCCAAGUUGAAGUGGACCUUUGAAGCACAACUACAAAAACAUGCUCCUUCCUCUCUAGCAAGUAAAGCCAAAUGAACUUUAACUGAGGCCCUGGUGACCUAAAAGUGUGUGUCAGCCUCAUUUUUUUCUAUUUCAACAGAAGGAAGACAACAUCUGGAGCAAAAUGCCAAUGCAAACACAGGGGCUACUCUACCAGCUGCCAGCUCGGGAACACAAUAGUCUCUUGCUCUAUGGUUCCCUUUUUUUAAUGUAUUUUUUAAUGAUUACAGAAAAGUCUCCUCUUGUGGGAAACGACAUUUCAAUAGUUCUGUUGGCACGAAACUUUAAAAGGAGGAACGGAUCCUGUUUACGUUCGCAUGUAGGCUGCCAGAAAUAAACUUUCUGUUCCUGAUGUUUCACAGAAUCCCCUUCCCUCCCUGUGGACAAACACUUGCUUUACCACAGCACUGACUUUGGAAUGUGUUCUUUGCACAUUCGUGUGUUAAUGUUGAGAUUUUUAAUGAAUUUGUUCAUUGUUAGGACAACAAUGUGGCCACAGGGUUCUGAAUGUACAGUAUAGCAAGAGUGUGGUUCCUUUUGAAGUUUUUGUUUGUUUGUUUGUUUUGGUUUGUUUCACUGUUGUUGGUUUUGCUUUUGUUUUUACUACCUCUGUAGCCUGAACAGUAGAAGCGAUGAACUAAAAAGGGAGGGAGCUGUUCUUUUUGGGCACAUGGUCUGUGGCUGCACAGCAGUCUCGCUUCUGUGGGCAUGUCCAGAGUGCAAACCAAUGUCAGCACACAGAGCUUCUGUUCCAAAGCUUUAGCUGAAACUUCUGUAGGCAUAACCUGGAUGUUUCCUUUUUUCAGAUGUCAGAAAACUUAAUUAUUUUGCACUUCUCUUGCAGGCAGGCUGUAGGACAUAAGGAAGGAAAGAGAAAGUGCCUCUGCAUUUUCUGUAUUUGGGUUAUCAGAUUUUUAUUGGGUUUUUUGUUUGUGGUUUUUUUGUUUUUUUUAUUGUAUUGUAUUUGAAUUUACUUCCUUUUUCUUCUAGCAAACAAUUGGGCCAUGUAUAUGGGGCCUGUCAGCAGACUUUUGCUUUGCUACCUGAACAUCUAUUUAGAGAAUACACUAAGGAAACUGCAAUCAAUAGAGGGCUGCAACAUAGCUCUGCCAGUGUAUGCAUUCUGGAAACUCUUAGGAGCUUGACUUUGUAUUUUUAACUAUCUACAGAUGCUCAGGAUCAGACUUGAUGAAAAUUUGGUGGGUUGGCAAGGGAUUUGUGUGCUUUUAUUACAGAAAAGGAAAAAGACCAGUGGGAUAUCUUAGUUCCAUCACAACUAAGACCAUCAGAGUAGACUCACAGUAGGAUGAACUGCUGAUUUUAAUUUUCCAGGGUAAUAAAACCCAAUCAGCCACGUGCUGUAGGGCAGUGUUUUACACUUUGAGCAAGAGGGCUUACAUUACUUUCCAUUAUAGGUGUGGGGAAACUCACAUCAGGCUCAAGAUCUACAUCAAAUAAGUGUUGAGUUUCAGCUGGCUUGCAUUCAUUCACUCUGCUUGUUCUCAGAGUGUUUGGAGGAGCAUAGGCAGGAGCUGGAUGUGUGCAGCUCUGCCCCUUUAUGUCCUAGUCAAAUCCAUCUCUGCAGGAAACCCCUGCCCUACAAAAGCAUUUGAGUUAGGAAGGUGCCUGCUGCAGGAAUCAGUUUCGGAAAGAUGCAGUUUUAAUGAACAGGGUCUACUCUGGUCAAAUGGAAUGAUUCAGGUGUCCCUUAGGCCCAGUGUGACUGGCCAUUCCAGAGCUGUGAGCUGCAGGAUUCAGCAAGGAUGUGGUCUGUAGGCUAAGAGCUGAGUUGGCACAGCCCAUGACUGUACCUGACACGUUGGUGUUGAGGGGGAGCUUGCUCCAGUGAACACUGCGGGCACUAAGCCAAGCUCAGUAACUGGGGGUUGUUGCUUUUGCCCCUUAGAAUAACUGCCUAGUCAAGGCAGAACUAUUGGCACAAGUAUUAAAAUAAGAUUUUUUUUUUUCAUUCCAGAAUUGAAAUGUAAAUGUCAGACCAUUUAUUGGCUGAAUAUUCCUGAGGGAGGGGCAGUGUGACACUAGGACAAUGUUUCUCCCACAUUGUAAGCAGAGUGCAAAGACACAAUUAAAUUGAAAUCAAAGUGUCGCUUUUUCCUCCUUACACCAGAUAUGUGGCCAAUAAAUGGAUGUUUUGGCUCUUCAUAUUAUGCUUAGAUCAUUUGCCUGUACUCCAGUCCCUUAGGACAAGCUCAUUCAUAAGCCAUUAGGCUUGAAAAAAUUUCUAAAGAAAUAGUGCUGCUUUGCUGUCAGCAUCUUGUCUUGAGAAAUUUAACCAGCAGAGAACUUCUGGGCUGGAAGAUGAUGCUUUUGGGUCAGUGCAGUAGAAUUCCCAGAGUUCUGUUGUCCUGCUGCCUGGCAAGAUUGACCUAACCAAGAGAUGUUGCUUCCACCUUUCCCCAUAGACAGAUAGAUGUCUUUUUAAGUAGUUGUCAGGAGAGAAGAGAGCUGAACAUGUAAUUUAGUGGACCUGUUAACAUGGUGCCUGGGGUUUAAAAUACAAAUGUCAUACUUCCUUUUCUCAGUAAAUAAAGCAGUCAGCAGUUUCAGCCAUUAGUGGGAUACUUACUGGUCACCUUUGGCAUGUUUUAUAGGCUGGAUUUUUCUGCCUUGUUUUGGGAGGCACUGACAGUCUGGUCCCAAUGGGAUCUAUUUUUGUUGAGAUUUUCAAAAGGGAUGUUUUCAUUGUUUGUGAAAUGUUUUUAUGCUGCACACGGGUACUGUACACUCUGUUUCCUGGAAAAAAAUGCACUCUGUUUUAUUGCUGGAUUUAAAAGGGAUACUUGGGGCUUUAUCUUGAUGGAUGGUGUUUCUACUUGACUCUGUUUCAAAUUCCUCUUUCUCUAUGUGUGGCAGAUGACACAACUGCACUUACUUGUUCAUCUUACUCCAGUACGACUUGAAAUGAGCUCACGCGCUGCUUUAGUCACUCUGUUUCUUCAAAACUGGAUUUGUGUAGCUGGUGGCUGAAUCUUGGAUUUGGGUGACAGCAAUCUUUCACCACCAGAAAUCACUGGGACUGCAGUAAUUUAGGGUUCAGGGCUUGUGCUGUCCUCUAGCACCAUACAGUACAACAAAGCUGGAAUCCAGGAGAAAGGCACUGAUGUCCUACAAAUGUCUCCAGUACAAGAAAAUGAUCUCUCCACUGAGCCUUAUGUACUGGUAAUGUGGCUGGUAACAGGAGUUUGCCCUUGGAUUGACCCACUGAGGGUUUGUGUUCUUGCUUCUCGUAUUUUCAUAUGCAUUGUGCAGUCUUGGGUUUGCACAUCACAGCUUUAGAAAUCUGGUGGUGCCAUUUUGACUGUACUAAGCUUAGCCUUGUUAGGCAGGAAGAUUUUGUUGGAUCACUGUUGUGUGCUUUCUGCACCAACUCAAGGAUUCUGUAACAGAGAAGUAUUUGACCUCCAAAAAUGCCAUGGAGGUCUAAUGUGGUAGAAUUAUCCCCAAAGCACAAGCAGCUUGCAGUCCAUCCUAAACUGAAAGCAGUCCUUCCAGGAGAAGAGAGGUACAGCACUGACCUUGGUGAAUGAAGACUACUUUUUUCCUAACUCUAAACAUUUUUGAAAGUUCCUCUUUGAGGAAUGAAAUAAAAGGCAGAUUAAUUUCUGUACUGUAUAGAACUCCAGGUCUGCAGCCUCUCCUGGGAUUAAUGGAAACAGUACAUACAAAGUUCAGGAGUGGUUUUAAAGAUUACAUUCUCUGUCGCAACUUUUAGCAGUAUUUUGUUGUUGUUUUAGGAUUUGGUAGUGUUUGUUCUUUAUUCCAGUGAUGCUUUAAAGGAGGGAAGGAGUAUUUAGCUGCUAGGUCCACAGAAGUGUAAGUAUAUUUACAGUUGAUUGGACUGAGCACUCCAUUCUUCUGUAUGAAGUACAAAGCCUUGGUACUUUUUUAGCAGAAAGCCCAGUGGCUUGUGAGAUUUUUGAAUGUAAUGGAAUAGGCUUCAAAACUAUCGAGCUCGAAUUGGAGACUGGAUACCUUUGGACCAAAUCUCUUGUUACUAGAUGAAGUAGCCUUACCAGAAAGCCAAAAAUAUGAUCCUGUACAAAGCUACUCCUUUAACCAGUCCUGUCACAAAGUGUCAGCCUGGUUGCUGCCUACUGUGAGCUCAGAUUACCUAAAAGUAACUAAGCACAAAGACAUAGGCUCGGUCAGGAGACUUCAGAUGUAGGAUGAAGGCUCCCCUUCCAAGGGAUUGUGUGCCGACCCCUUGUUUCAGAGUGCUGCCGCCCUUCCCCAAGCAUGCAUGAGCCUUGUUUUCAAGGGCAGCCUUCUGGGUGAAGGAUUGCAAUGGGACUUGGGAACACCAGAGACAACAAGCCUCUUAUUGUUGUAAAACCAAAAUGCUAAUCUGUUUGAAACCCAAUGAAAACAAGUUAAGAUUAGUGAUACUUUGUCUCCAUGGUCAUUUGUAGCUUCCUCGGCAUGGUAUCUGUUCUGAAAUGCACCAGACAUGAAAGUGAGAAGAUGAGAUUUUGAUGAGAAGUUGCUCUGUUCAGGUGCCCAGCCAGCAGUGUUUGGCUCAGCUUUAAGCCAUGGAAGCGAGCAGGUCUUGCACUGACAGAGUUCCAAGGCAGUGGGUCUGAGUGACUUAGCACAAACAAUGGGAGCCCUGGCCUGGCACAGACCGGGGGGAGCAGCCCUGGGGCUUGGGGACAGCUCAUGGCACGGAGUCAACUCUGAGCUCUGGGCACAAAGGAAUUCUCACCCACUCUGAAAGUUGUUGAGCACCAGUUUCCAAGAAACCUCAUGGCAAAACAAAAAACAAUCUGGAGGUGUCAUGUUUCUCCUCUCUAUUUUUUUUUCUUUUUUUUCUUUUCCCCCCAUGAUUUCUGUUUAAAAUAAAUUUAAAAUAAUCUCUAUAGACAAUCAGAGGUCUUCUAGGAGUCUCUACCCAAAAGGGUGCCAGCUCCACACUUGUGGGCCUCUUUCUUAUACUAACUCAUUGGAACUGAUGCACUUUUCCUGUAUUUUGCCUUUUUUAAUUAGCUGCUUGUUCUUAAACAAAGAUUUAAAUGCAUAUUGUGUUGUGUCCCUUCUGCUUGUUUUAUCUUUCUUUAACUUUUAAAAGAAAAUAUAUAUAUGCAGUGAGACUGAAGUACUACAUGGAAGAGAAACAUGCACAAGAAAAUAUGCCUAUUAAGUCCCACCAUUGUUUGAGCAGGUGUAACAAUUUAAUCAGAGGAUUUUUUUAAAAAAUAUUUUGGAUGGAUAUUUUACUUGUUUUGUCUGUAAAUAGUGUACAAAAGUUUGUGUUAUAUGACAAUUUUAAGUGGUUGUAAGAAAAUUAAAAAAGAUACUUAAACUGUUA